AAGAAAAUCUUUGCGUCACUUCCGCUUUUGUCCAACAUGGCGUCUUCCACGACGGGCGACGGCGUGAGUGAAGCGCAAACAGGGAAAAAAUCGAAAAAGACGAAAAACCAAGUGGAUGAAUCUGAACUCCUGACUGUUCCUGAUGGAUGGAAAGAGCCAACAUUCACCAAAGAUGACAACCCCCGCGGCCUCCUGGAGGAGAGCAGCUUCGCCACCCUCUUCCCCAAAUACAGAGAAGCCUACCUGAGAGAGUGCUGGCCGCUGGUGGAGAAGGCUUUAGGAGAGGCACACAUAAAAGGCUCUCUGGACCUGAUAGAAGGCAGCAUGACAGUUUGUACCACUAAGAAAACCUUUGACCCGUACGCCAUCGUAAGAGCCAGAGAUCUCAUCAAGCUGCUGGCCAGGAGCGUCCCGUUUGAACAGGCUGUGCGGAUAUUACAGGAUGAUGUAGCGUGUGACAUCAUCAAAAUUGGCACCCUGGUUAGGAACAGAGAGCGCUUUGUGAAGCGAAGACAGCGGCUGAUUGGUCCCAAGGGCUCCACCCUGAAAGCAUUAGAGUUGUUAACCAACUGCUAUGUGAUGGUGCAGGGCAACACGGUGUCAGCUCUGGGGCCCUACAACGGUCUGAAGGAGGUACGCAAAGUAGUGAUGGACACGAUGAAGAACGUCCAUCCCAUCUACAACAUCAAGACACUGAUGAUCAAACGGGAGCUGUCCAAAGACCCCGAACUGCGAAUGCAGAACUGGGAACGUUUUCUGCCCAAGUUCCGCCACAAGAACUUGGCCAAGCGCAAGGAGCCCAAGAAGAAGAGCGUGAAGAAGGAGUACACACCAUUCCCUCCACAACAGCCAGAGAGCAAGGUUGACAAAGAGCUGGCCACGGGAGAAUUCUUCCUGCGAGAAAGUGUGAAAAAGAGGAAGAGGAUGGAGGAGAUUAAGGUCAAACAAGCGGAAGCACUGACCAAGAAGCAAGAAGAGCGGAACAGAGCUUUCAUUCCACCUAAAGAGAAGCCUUUAAUGAAGAAGACUGCUAAAGCUCCUGCAGAUGGCAAGCUGGACAUCAAUGCCAUCAAGGACAAAGUGAAAAAAGCCAAAACCAAGAAACUGGGGGCUCCGCCAGUAAACCCAGCUCCUCCUACCAGCACCUCCACAGACAAGAAGAAAAAGGCUAAAACUAAGAACAAAGGCUAACCACAGACUAACCCCACCGCUGUUGUAAUGUCCACCACGUGAUGUGGUAUUUGUUGGACAGAGUAAGGACUCUGUACGCACACCAGAAGAUGGGACGUCAGACAUACUGUGUGCACUUGGAUCGACGCAAAUUCCAAUCCAAACUGUCACUGAUAUUUUUAUUGAACUACUUUUGUUGUUGUGAGGAAUGUCCUGCUUGUUUUUCCUGUGUGUUCAUGUGUUUUGAACAGCAGAAGAGUUUGCUUCUGUCUGCCUCAUUUGUUCCCUUCUAUCAAUUAAGAUUGUCCAGAUUUUGUAUGGUCAGUAUUUAUACCCUAAAAAGUCUAUUUUUCUCUUUCAUAAAGACUGAUGUGUGUUCAGGAGGCAGCAGAUUGAAUCAGAUGGAAAUACAACCUGGAUUUUAUUCUUGUA